UGUUGUAAGAGACAGAGAAGCAGAAAUGGAGAGAUCAUAAAUAAGUUGUUAUAUGUUUUUUACUUUACAUGUUGGUUAUGGAGCCCCAACAGCGGGCGGACGUUCCUGAUCACGUGCAUUACAUCAUCGCCUUCAUCAUCCUCAUCAUCGGCACUUUGGGGGUCACGGGCAACACGCUGGUUAUGUUCGCCUUCUACAGUAAUAAAAAGUUGCGGAGCCUGCCAAAUUAUUUCAUAAUGAACCUGGCGCUCAGUGAUUUCCUGAUGGCUAUAACACAAUCUCCAAUGUUCUUCAUCAACAGCCUUUAUAAGGAGUGGAUAUUUGGAGAACUGGGAUGUAAAAUAUAUGCAUUUUGUGGUGCUCUGUUUGGUAUCACCUCCAUGAUAAACCUGUUGGCCAUCUCUAUUGAUCGCUAUCUGGUCAUCACCAAACCGCUGCAAACAAUCCAGAGGAACUCCAAACGCAGAAUCUCGAUGGCCAUCAUUUCUAUCUGGCUCUACUCGCUGGCCUGGAGUCUCACACCUCUGAUUGGCUGGAGUUCCUACAUCCCUGAAGGUUUGAUGACAUCAUGCACCUGGGAUUAUGUGUCCCCCUCUCCAGCCAACAGAAGUUACACCAUGAUGCUGUGCUGUUUCGUCUUCUUCAUACCAUUGGCCAUUAUCCUUUAUUGUUACCUGUUCAUGUUCCUCUCCGUCCGAAAGGCUGGCAGGGAUCUGGAAAGGUUGUCUCAGAAGUCUGGUUUUGGGAAGCAGCAAUCCAUGAGGAGUGAGUGGAAACUGGCAAAAAUAGCCGCUGUGGUGAUAGUGGUGUAUGUUUUGUCCUGGUCGCCGUAUGCGUGCGUCACCCUCGUAGCCUGGGCGGGGUAUGCAAACAUCCUCACGCCGUACUCUAAAACUCUGCCAGCGAUCAUCGCCAAAUCAUCCACCAUCUACAACCCUUUUAUAUAUGCUAUAGUUCACAACAAAUACCGAGCUACGUUAGCUGAGAAGGUUCCAGGUUUAUCCUGUCUAUCUCGCGUUCAGAAGAAAGACGGUCUCACUUCCUCCACUUACAGCGACACUUCAGUUCAAGACAGCAACUUUAGCAGACAGCCAUCUGUCUACACCAAGAAACUUCACACCACCACCGACAACUCCUGUAAUAUGAUGUUGGACAACAGUCAUUGUGUAUGUUUGUGACACAAGUUUAAGUUGUGCACGUUUAAACCCAGGAUGGAUCUGCACCUGAGUCUUUUGCUAUUAGGGAAGUCAGAUACAAUGCCCAUAGGUGCCUAAAUAAAUACAGUGAAUGCACUGUAAGUCGCUUUGAAUAGAAGUUUCUGUCAAAUGCUUACAAAAAAAAAUAUCAGACUGUGAUGACUGAUGUCAGUGUUGGCAAAGAUUCAGAGAUUUUAUAAAGUUUAUUAUUUCCAACUUCAUCACAUGACCAGCUGAAUCUUUUUUAAAUAUCUCAGUAAAACAAAACAUUUCUUUGUGUACAUACUCACACAAAAAGAGUUUGUCUUGACUUGUGGAUGCCUGAUUAUACUGUAGAUGUUAUAAAUAUGAUGUGUCUGAGAUUUCAGGUAAUACGAGAGCUGUACCUGAUGGAAAAAAGGUCAAACAUAUCAAAAGCAUCAUUUAUAAGCGCCGUAAACAGAGAAACAUCAUAAAAUGUUCCUCACUACAAAU